AUGGCUGUGAAUUUUCCAUGGAUCUACCCUGUUCGGGUAAUCCAGGCCCUCUUCGGAAUAAUCGUCCUUGCUUUAACCGCAUACUACAUCAGUUGGUUCGUGUAUAGUAGCGACUCGCCCAAUUUCAUGCUUUUCGUGGCGUGCUGGACAGCCUUCCUCGCAACUCCUUAUCUUGCCUUGGCGCCGGUGUUCUUCCCCCAGUUUGCGCAUCGCAUCGUCAUCCCAGCUGUCGAAGUGAUUACCAUGAUAUUCUGGUUCGCAGGAUUCAUCGCCCUAGCCGUAUUCCUCCCACCAACAGAAGCCUGUCACUGGAGCCGUUGCAGUGCGUUACAGGCCGCAGUUGUGUUUGGUGCAUUCGAGUGGGUACUAUUUCUGAUUACUUCCGUUUUCGCUGUCCUCGGCAUCUCGCGUACCCGGUCCAGCUCCAUGACGGUUCCAUGA